AUGAAAGGAAUUUUCUUCCUUCUAUGCAUCCUUCUUGUUCUUAAUUCUUUUGCUUUGUCGUUUAAUGAUGAUUAUUCAGACUUUUUAGAUGAUGCCCCUUCUCCAAAAAAUUCAAAGAAAACACAAAGACCUAAAUCGAAUAGUAAGGCAUCUACUAAACCAGUUAACACACCAAAAAAUAAUCAAAGAGUAAAACAAAAUAAGAACACACAAGCAUCACAACCAAAAAGAACAAUUCAAACUACUACAAAAACACCAACUGUAGCUUCUAAACAAAGAAAGCAAUUAGUUCAAGUAACUACUGAUAAGAAUGGUAAGAAGACUGCUACUGUUUCAAAGAAUUUAAAUCCAAACACUAAAGUCUCUGGAUCGGUAAGUGCUCAAAAAACUCCAAAUGGUAUUACUGCUGGUGUUUCUGGAAAUAUUAACUACAACAAAGGUCCUAUAACAGCAACAGCGAAAACUGGAUAUCAAACUUCUCCUCAAGGACAAAGUUACGGUGCUUCUGUUAAUGGCAAAUACAGUAAAAAUGGUGUUAAUGUUAAUGGAAAUGCUUAUUAUGGUAAACAAAACGGUGUCAAUAAAGCUGGUGCCAACAUAAAUGCCUCUUAUGAUAGUAAAAAAGUUCAGGCUAAUGCAAAUGCAGGAAUUAAUAAAGAUGGUAGUUCUAAAACCACAAGUGCUAGUGCCAGUGCUACAUAUAAACCAAAUGAUAAGACUACAAUAUCUGCUGAUGGUAAAGUUUCAAAAACUAACGGACAAACUACUAUUCAAGGUAAUGCAAAUGCUUCAUACAAUGGCAACAAGGUACAAGCUAAUGCUGGUGUUAAUUUUAAUAAAGAUGGUAGUUCUAAAACCACAAGUGCUAGUGCCAGUGCUACAUAUAAACCAAAUGACAAAACUACAAUAUCUGCCGAUGGUAAAAUUACUAAUACUAAUGGACAAAAAACAUAUGAAGUAAAUGGGAAAGCAAAUUACAAUGGAGAUAAAUUACAAGCAAAUUUAAAUGCACAAGCUAAGAAUGAUGGAACAAAUAAAGUUAGUUCUAUUAGUGGUGAUGCUACAUAUACUAAUGGUGGAUUAACAGCUAAAGUUGAUGGAAAUAUGGCUAAUACUAAUGGUGAAAAGAGUAAUGAAAUACAUGGCUCUCUUAAUUACAAAAGUAAAGAUGGUAAAUUUGAUGGAUCACUUGACGCAAAACGUUCUAAGAAUAGUAAUGGUGUUUCUCGUUCAGCAAGUGCUACAGGAACAUAUAAAGUCAAUGAACAUUCAACAUUGAGUAGUAGUGGAUCAGUUAAAUCAACUCCAGAUGGCAGAAGUAAUACAUUCUCUAGUCAAUUAGAUUAUAAAGCAAAUAAAUUUACUGGGUCAUUAGACUUAAAACACACAAAAGAUGCUAAUGGAAUAAAGACUAAUUCUGCUGGAAUUAGUGCCCAGUUUAACCCAAAUGAUCAGUUUGGGGCUAGUUUAGGAGGUAGAGUAAGUAACAUUAAUGGAAAAAGGAACUUUGGUUUAGAAGCAAAGUUAAACUAUAACCCAGAUGAGAACAAGAAGUUUUAUGCCUCAUUUAUAAAAGACCAAACAAAUAAUAAUAAUAUGCUUGGGCUUGGAGGAAGUUAUAAAAGUAAUGAUGGUAAGUUAAGUGCUAAUGCUGAUUUUUCCUUGAGUAAAAAUGCUCAGAAUAUGAAUGGACAAAUUAGUUACUCACCAACGACUAAUACACAAAUCUCAGCUAAUGGAAUGUACACCAAGUUAAAUAAUGAUAAGAACUGGAGUUAUGGAAUUAAAGCCCAACAUCAGUUUAAUGAUAAAUGGUCUGCUAGUGCCGAAGUAACCAAGUCAUCAAAGAAUGGUUUGGGGUAUAAUGCAGAAGUUAAUUAUGGCAUUGGGAAGAAUUCAUAUCUUAGUUUAACUGCAGGUAAAUCAGCUGAUAAAGGUGGAUAUGUUGGAGCUGGUUUUAAAUUGGAUUUCUAA